AUGGACUAUGAUCGCAGGUCUGCGGUGUCCUCCUUUUAUGGUGCCCGCAAGUCGUCCGAUGCCCUCAACACCGACUUUCCGCAACCUGCAUCACCACAAUAUGACCAGCCUCAUCAUCCUCGAGUCGACGACGCCUCAUCGUUCUUCAAUCCAAACAGAGCCUCUCGAGCGGGAACAGAGACCUUAGGAGGAAAACAGAAUGCAGGAUACAAUCGCACAUCCUUCUUCUAUGCUGGGAGGGAGGAGCCGGUAAAGGGCGGCGUGGAUGAAGAGAGCAUGCUGUCGAACAACAACGACGGGUUCAACAUCUACGCUGACUUUAACAAUGCAGGCCCGCGUUAUUCAAAUGCGUUUGUGGGCAAUGACUCAGGCUAUCGUCAGGUUGCCUCGCCUUCUCCUUUCAAGGAGGAACCCACUGUAGCCAAUAAAGUUGAACUCGUCACUGUUCCUGCUCUGGGGCCGGAAUGGAGCAAGUCCGAGAUGCAUACGAACAUGAAUAGGGAGAGACGAGAAGAAGCUUUACUGUCGUUUGGCCAAAAAUGGCGUUCUUGGAAUCGCAAUGAGAGGGGUGUGUGUGGCUCAUUUUUUACUAGGAGGCAAGCGACCUAUAUCUUGUUUGGACUCUGUAUCGCAGUUGGAGUUGUGAUUGGGGUAUGCCUUCCACGUGUUCCAUCCAUGUCGUUCGCCACUUCGAACCCAGUAUCCGCUGCGACAGGAUCGUUCAACAAGAGCGUGCCUGUCAUCUUCUCGCGCACACCGGCGAAUUUUAGUUUCCCUGCAGACGUUAGCGUACAAUUCGACACCAGUUCUGCCAUAAUUCCAAUCCAGGUGUCGAGCUUCAGCGCUGUUGUGACAGAUCUAGAAAGCGGCAACCAGGUUGGGACAGGUAGUCGAGGAGGUAUGUCAAUGCCAGCCAAGGCGUUCCCCAUGGUGCAAAUGCCGAUCAACUUCACCUAUGUCGCGACAAAUUCGUCGGACAUUACUUGGGCAAGUUGGUAUAAUGCGUGCAGAGAUCCUGCACUCAAUGCUAAUGAUACGCGCCCACCACUGCGCUUCAAUCUCCAACUCGAUAUGAGUAUUGUCGGUCUUAUCGGGAAGAAGAGCAUGUCUGCGGCGGCUACUGCGGCCGAGUGUCCGAUCACUCUCUCAAUCGAUAACCCUUGA